CAGUUCAGCCCCGUCCGGCGGGUGCUGCUGGCUCCAGUCCCUGCUUUCCUGCUGCUGUGGCGAGGAGGUGCUUUGCUCACCUGCGGUUGACUCAGCUCUGGGCUGCCAGCACCCUGCCCGGGGGGGGCCACCUGUGGGUACUGGAGAGGGGGGGGACACGCCACACCGUGACCCCCAUUCACAAUCCUGGCCAGGAUUCUACGAUUCUAUGCUGAGCUUCCGCUCCAUCUCUUUGCAGAAGAUCAGAAUGAUUCCCACCCCAAAGUGGCCUCGUGGUCCCUCUCCAGAUGUUGGCAUCGCUGGUACAUGCCCGGCACGCUGAGCACCCCCAGCUGCAGACCCCAGCUCCUCAGCACCCACCCAGGCGAGCGCCGUGGGGUGUCCCCUCCAUGUCCCCCCACCCUGCCAUGGCGCUGCCCCUGGGCUCCGAGGCGCUCUUGGACCUGACCUUCCUGACAGAGGAGGAGCGGUGCGCCAUCAACGAGGUGCUGCGUCGAGACUGGCAGCUCCGCCGGCGCGAGGAGGGGCGCAUCAGUAAGCUCCGCAAGUCGGUGUCGGACCCGGUGCGGCUGAAGAUCCUCACCGGAGACUGGUUCUGUGAUGCCCGUGCCCAGCGCCAUCGGCACCACCUGGGCUCCGACCUCGUCCGUGCCUCCAUCCGCCGCAGGAGGCGACCCUGGGGAGCAGGGGACCCGGAGAGUGGCCCCAGCCUGGGCGAGCUGGAGGCCAUCGGUGAGCCGCUGGCGGAGGAGAAGGAGGAUGAGGAUGGUGUGACAGAGCCAGAGGAGAGCCCCUCUACAGAGGAUGCGCAGGUGGCCACAGAGCCCCAGCCCAGCCCUGAGACCCCGACUUUGGAGGGGACCCGGGUGUCACAGCCCCUGCAGCAGGGUCACAGCCCACCGAGGAAGCAGGACAUCCCAUCCCAGCCAGGUGACACAGUAGGUGGGAACCCAUUCCUCACGUCCAGUGCAGAGGAAGAUGAAGAGGAGCCCAACUCCAUACGCAGUGGCCCUGAGGCUGAGCAGGGCUCAGAGACCCCCCAGGGGGAUCAGGGAUCCCCAAGCCUGGUGUCCCCACAGAACGGCCACACGCCCCCGAGCAGCUUGCUGACCACCAGCUCCUCCGUGUCCAGCCUCAGCUCCUCCACGCUGAGCGGCAGCCUGAUGAGCCUGUACAGCGAGGGUGAGCUGGGCAGCGUGCCCGUGAGGGGCUGCGUCCAGUUCUCCCUCCGCUACGACCCAGCUAAGAAGGAGCUGCAGGUCCACGUGCUGCGGUGCCGUGAGUUGGCCGGGGCCAAAAAAGAGCGGUCGGACCCGUACAUCAAGACAUACCUACUCCCAGAUAAGUCCAACCGCAGCAAGCGCAAGACCACGGUGCGGAAAAGGAGCUUGGAUCCCAUCUUCAACGAGACCCUCAAGUACAAACUGGAAAAGAGGGACCUGCAGGGCCGGACCCUGAAUCUCUCGGUAUGGCACCACGACAGCCUGGGCAGGAACAUCUUCUUGGGGGAGGUGGAGAUCGCGUUGGGCUCCUGGGAUUGGGCCAACACACACCCCGAGUGGUUCAGCCUCCAGCCCCGGACACCCAUCUCCUCGGAUGGCCUCGCCAGCCGGGGCAACCUCAACUUGGCAUUGAAGUUCAUUCCCGCUGGCUCAGAAGGUGGGGGGCUGCCACCCACGGGCGAGCUGCACAUCUGGGUGAAGGAUGCUCAGAGCCUCAUCCCCUUGCAGAGCGGCACCGUGGACGCCUUUGUGCAGUGCUAUGUGCUGCCAGAUGACAGCAAGACGAGCCGGCAGAAGACACGGGUGGUGAAGCGGAGCCUCAAUCCUCUCUUUAACCACACCAUGGUCUACGAUGGCUUCCAAGCCAAGGAUCUGGCCGAGGCGUGCGCCGAGUUCACCCUCUGGCACCACGAAGCCUUUUCCAAGCGCCAGCUGGGUGGCAUCCGGCUCAGCUUGGGCACAGGGAGCAGCUACGGGCUGCCCGUGGGAUGGAUGGACUCGACAGCCGAGGAGCGAGGGGUGUGGGGACGACUGCUCCAGCAGCCCGGGCAGUGGGUGGAAGCACUGCUGCCCUUGCGGACUAACCUCGUCCCCCGGGUGUAGCCCCUGCCCUGCCUGAGAUCACCCGGUGCCAGCAGGACUGGGGGACCGGGGGGGGCUGGAGCUGAGCCCGGAGCAUCACUGUGUGGGGGUCUGUGCCCCCCUACCCUUUCGGCAACAAUGAAGUGGCUGUAGA